CCAAAAUAGUCAAGUUUCUCUGGUUUUCAUCGUCUCUUAGGUUGACACUGUUUUCCAAAUCAUCACCACCACCAUCAUAAAAAUGUUCAUUGAUUGACACAUGUAAAUAUCUCCCAACAAUCAGGAAUCAAAUUACUAAAGUUAACAAGAAGAUAGUAACAAUUGUAGUAGUAAUUAAAAGUAUAAACAAUCAAGAGUAAUUAUAUUUUUGUGAUCCCUUUUUGUUUUCAUUUGGAUUCGGUUUUGUUUGUUAAUCAUCAUUAUGGUUAAAAGUGGAUUAAAAACUCUUGUGAUUGGAGGAUCAUCUUUAACUUGUUUAGCUUUUCUUGCUAAUCAUCUUUACGCUGAUGAAAAGGGUAUUGGUAGGAAUUUAAUUAAUCACCGGAAGGAUGUUAUUUCACCGAUUCCUGAUAAUCCAUUUAAAGGUGAUCAAAAUGAACAAUCAUUUCUUUCCUUGGUUCAAGCGACUCGUUCAGCUCGUGAUCUUGUCCAGACAACAAUUAACACUUAUGGUUAUCCUGGUAUUGUUGUUGGUGUUUCUAUUAAAGGUGAACCUUGUUGGGUUCAAGGUUUUGGUUUCUCGAAUCUUGAAACGGCCACUCGGUGUAAUAAAAACACGGUCAUGAGGAUUGCAAGUAUCUCGAAGCCUAUUACAAUGACCGCUGUUGCUAAGCUUUAUGAGGAAGGAAAAAUUGAUUUGGAUAAGAAUAUUUUCACUUUUAUUGGUGAUAAAUUUCCAGAGAAAAAGGUUGACGGUGAAAAGGUUCCAAUUACAAUUAGACAAUUAGCCAGUCACUUAGGUGGCAUUCGACAUUAUAAAAAAGAUGAAGUUUUAAGUUGUUCUCUAUUGAAAAAAUAUUCCAAUUCUGUUGAUGCUUUGGAAACAUUUGCUCAAGAUGAUUUACUUUCCAAACCUGGAACUAAAUUUGAUUAUUCAACGUAUGGUUAUACUUUAAUUGCUGCUGCCGUUGAAAUGGCUCAGCCAACAAUUAAAUCUUUCGGACAAUUUUUGGUCCAAGAUAUUUGUCAACGUAGUUUGGGAAUGACAAACACUUAUUUAGAUGAAAAUUCACCAAUCAUCUUGAAUCGAGCUAAACAAUAUGUUAAAUCGUCAGACAAAUUCACCGAAAAUUCAUCUUAUGUUGAAUGUAGCUACAAAUACGCCGGCGGCGGUUUAUUGUCAACUAUUCCUGAUCUUUUACGUUUCGGAAACGUUAUGUUGUACAGUUAUUUACCUCAUCUAAAUCAAUCGAAACCUUUCCUCAAGAAAUCAACUGUUGAUAUGCUUUGGACUCCGAUUCCCUUUGGUAAUAUUAAAAUUGAUCCAAAUUUAUUUGAUUGGUGUAAAUAUGGUCUUGGAUGGGGUUUAAUUAGAGAUGCUCAAGCUUCUUGUACCUCUGGUGCUUGUCCACCUUUCAAGGAUAUAAUUUACCACACUGGAGCUGCAACCGGUGGGACAACAUUACUCAUGAUUAUCCCGGAAAAGGAAAUGGUUGUUGCUUUAAUCAUCAACCUUGGUAAAGCUAAAGGUAUCGGUAAUUUGGGACUAAAUGUUGCCGAACUAUUUUCCAACGUUAAACUACCUGCAACAAUUGAAACAAAUCCAAAGGAAAUUGUUGCCAAAGAAUAGAAGGAAAAACUUUAAUCAAUCAAUUAUUCGCAUUAACCUUCGACCUUUCAAUUACCUGGGAUAUCAAUUAAACUCAAGUCUUUCAUAUGA